AUGGACAGGAUGAAUUGGACUGAGAUUGAGUUCAUUCUACAGGGACUUUCUGAGUACCCAAGAGUAGAAAAGCUCCUUUUCGUGAUAUGCUUGAUGAUGUACCUGGUGAUCCUGCUGGGAAACAGUACCUUGAUCAUCCUAACUCUUCUGGAUUCCCGCCUCCAUAUGCCCAUGUACUUCUUCCUUGGUAAUCUUUCCUUCCUAGACAUUUGGUACACAUCCACCUUUAUCCCCUCAAUGUUGAUACACUUCCUGUCACAGAAAAAAACCAUCUCCUUCACUAGAUGUGUGGUUCAGAUGUCUGUUUCCUACACUAUGGGGUCCGCAGAGUGUGUGCUCCUCACGGUGAUGGCAUAUGACCGUUACGUGGCCAUCUGUAACCCGCUGAGAUACUCCAUCAUCAUCAGUAAGGCACUUUGUAUUCAGAUGGCAGCUCUCUCUUGGGGGUUGGGCUUUCUCAAUUCACUGACAGAAACUAUUCUUGCAAUACGGUUGCCCUUCUGUGGAAAAAAUGUCAUUAAUCACUUUAUUUGUGAAAUACUGGCGUUUGUUUGUGAAAUACUGGCGUUUGUCAAGGUGGCUUGUACAGAUAUUUCCUUGAAUGAGAUUACGAUAAUGUUGGGCAAUGUAUUAUUUUUGUUUUCUCCGUUACUGUUAAUUUGUAUCUCCUAUGUCUUCAUCCUUUCUACUGUACUAAGAAUCAAUUCAGCAGAAGGAAGAAAAAAGGCCUUUUCUACCUGCUCAGCCCACUUAACAGUAGUGACCAUGUUUUAUGGGACAAUCCUCUUGAUGUAUAUGAAGCCAAAGUCCAAAGACUCUGCUUUUAACAAAUUGAUAGCCCUGUUCUAUGGAGUAGUCACUCCCAUGCUCAAUCCUAUCAUCUAUAGCCUAAGGAAUACAGAGGUGCAUGGAGCUAUGAGAAAAUUGAUGACUAGACACUGGUUCUGGAGGAAAGGAUAA